AUGGGAAAGACAAUUUGGGAAUUAUCAGGAGAAAAUAUUUCACCAUCGUCACCGUCAUCGUCAUCGUCAUCGUCAUCAUCGUCAUCAUCCUCGCCAUCAUCAUCAUCAUCAUCAUCAUCGUCAUCAUCAUCGGUGAGUGACGAGAGUAUUGGUACCGCGAGUGUCGAAUGGCCAAUGUCUCACGAAACAUAUUUAAAUUCAUCUAAUUUAACGGACAAUAUUUUUUUUAAUAAUGAAUCUUUUCCAGAGGAUCAAAUUUUUGAACCAGUUUUACCGCCUUUUGAAUUAUGGCAAACAAUAUUGAUUGCCAUUGCUUUAGCACUUUGUAUAUUAUUAACAGUAGGAGGAAACAUAUUAGUUUUGUUGGCAUUCAUGGUAGAUCGAAACAUUCGUCAACCGAGUAAUUAUUUCAUAGCAAGUUUAGCUGCCACGGAUUUAUUAAUAGGUACCGUUUCCAUGCCUUUUUAUACGGCUUACGUAUUAAAAGGCUACUGGGAUCUCGGUCCUAUACUAUGUGAUUUGUGGUUGAGUGUGGAUUAUACCGUUUGUUUGGUUUCGCAAUACACGGUUCUAUUAAUAACGAUAGAUAGAUUUUGUUCGGUUAAAAUAGCUGCGAAAUAUCGGAGCUGGAGAACUAAAAAUCGUGUUAUUUGGAUGGUUACGAUAACGUGGAUAAUUCCAGCAUUAUUAUUUUUUAUAAGUAUUUUCGGUUGGGAGCAUUUCGUAGGUUAUCGCGAUUUACUCCCGGGUCAAUGUGCCGUACAAUUUCUCAAGGAUCCCGUUUUUAACACAGCCCUCAUUAUAGGAUACUAUUGGACGACGUUGAUCGUUUUAUUCGUUUUGUACGGAGGAAUUUAUAAGACUGCUUACGACAUGCAGAAAAAAAGCGAAGCGAAACAAAGGAAAAUGCAAAGCAUGGUCGCGUUGAGCGCCGGAGCCAUGGCAGGAAUGGCGGGUAGAACAUCCGGUAUCGGUAUAUCUAAAACGCAAAGUACGCUUUUGAGUCAGGACAAGCCUAAAUCACUUCAGGGUAUUCAAUGCGAAAAGCAAAUCAAUACUACCGGUACCUCGAUCGAUGCGACAAAGAGUUCUUCGCAUAAGACAACGACAAUAAUAACUGCCGAAGUGACUAGUUUAUUAAAAGAAAAAAAAAUAACAACAGCAAAUUGUUUAAAUGAAAAUGUCGAAGUUGAAAAAUCCGAAAGAUCAAGUUCUCCUGCCUUUGAUAGCGAUGAAGAAUUCAGCACGACAAAUCCAACGGGAAAUUCAUCCAGUCAACCCGAUAACAAUAAAAAGGUAACAAUAAAUCAACCGGAACCAUCGCACAAAAACGUUAACGGAAUCGUGAUAAUUCAUCAAAUCACCACGCCAAAUACUACAACUACUACUUCGACCGCUUCUUCGGUACCUAGCAUCAUACCACCUCCGACGCAAUUUCAAAAUUCUUCAAUGACAUCCUCUUGUGAAUCUCAAUCGUUAAGUUGUAGUAAUCCCUCGUCGCGUCCAAGAAGUUUACUACUCACUCCUCAUCAAGCCUACGAUUUGUUAGUGGAUUUAGACAAUUCCGAUUUAAAAUACAUGGACGAAGGUUCGGUGAUACUCUCGAGUCCUGCAUUCGAAAGUUCUACGAGUUCUCUCGUGAGCAAUGCUGCGACAUCAACCACGAGACCUCCAUCUCCUCCGGUCCAUGCUCCCGCUGGUCCAACAACGAGCUUACUUCAAGCUGCUUUGAUAAGAGCAACUGCCAAACAGCAAAAAUACGGUCCCGUAACGAAUUUUCCACCGCAACAAGGAAACCUUCCCAAAUCUCCCAUUCCAAAUUCUUCCAAUCAGGGUAUUAUUCAGCCAAUUAACAAAUUACAAACAACCGUUAGUAUAUCGAAUGAAAAUUCAAAAAAAAUCGUUACCGCCAUUGUUCCCCGAUUUGAUUAUUCGGAUGAUUCGAAACGUGAUAAAGACGGCGGCGGUGGCGGCGGUAUCGGUACUGCGAUAAUUGGAAAAAUCAAUGAAUCGAUAUUAAUACGAAAAAGAUUAAAAGAAAAACGUAAUAAUAAAAAUAAAAAUGGCGGAAGGCAAAAAUCAAAAUCUGAAAAUCGAGCUAGAAAAGCUUUUCGCACAAUUUCAUUUAUAUUGGGAGCAUUUGUUGCUUGUUGGACGCCUUAUCACAUAUUGGCAUUGUCCCAUGAAUCCAUUUUGUUACGCGCUAGCCAAUCAGCAAUUUAA